GGCUAAUCCACGGCUUCGAGAAGCCCGUCUCAUCCAAUCAGAAUUGUCUUAUUCCAGGUCGGCAAGCAAAGAGGCGAAUCAUUCAACAUCAACCAAGAAAGCUUCGCUCCGCCAACGCCGUCAACUACGCCCGCGCCAAUCUCCCCUCUUCAGGCUCUCUGAUAUCGUGCGAUCGAGGUUCGCUCCUCUGCCGAAUCGUUCUCUCGCCCGAAAUGCUCUCUUCCACGCGGUCCGCGGCCUCAAUGGCCCUCCGAGUCAAGCCUACAACUGCUAUUGUUCCUUUCCGAACUACCGCUGCCGCCUUCACGACCAACUCUCGCCGCGAUGCUAGCGCCCUCCAGACUCACUCAGCAACUGGUGUAGGAAAGGUUCGCAGAGAGGUUCCGCUGCCCAGCGAGAUUGCUCCUAAGGGUGCCUUGCAGUAUGCGCUGACCACACUUGAUGCCGUCACCAACUGGGCUCGUCAGUCCUCCCUUUGGCCUAUGACCUUCGGUCUGGCCUGCUGUGCCGUCGAAAUGAUGCAUCUCUCCACCCCCCGAUACGAUCAGGAUCGCCUCGGUAUUAUUUUCCGUGCUUCGCCACGACAGUCCGAUGUCAUGAUUGUUGCUGGUACUCUCACAAACAAGAUGGCUCCUGCUCUUCGACAGGUUUACGAUCAGAUGCCUGAUCCCCGCUGGGUUAUUUCCAUGGGUUCAUGUGCUAAUGGUGGUGGAUACUACCACUACAGCUACUCUGUCGUCCGAGGAUGCGACCGUGUAGUUCCUGUUGACGUCUACGUGCCGGGCUGCCCUCCUACGAGUGAAGCAUUGAUGUACGGAAUCUUCCAGCUCCAACGCAAAAUGCGACAAACUCGCAUUACCCGACAUUGGUACAGAAAGUAAGGAUUCAAAGCAGAGGAGUCGAUCAGGAAUCAAGAUUCAGUCAAAUUGCGUCGAGGCAGUACUUUCAAUGGAUCUAAUCAAGGGAAAUGUAGUGGAAUGGCUGUCGUUGAGGAGGAUGGCGCCCAUGGAAGCAUGUACAAUUUAGACAGCUCCAUCUCCUAUGUGAAAGUUUGUAGAAUUUACUUUCCUUGCUAGAGGACAAGGAACCAAAGGCAUUAUUCCCAGUUCAUUAAAAGCUUUAGUGCACUUUGUGGUUGAGUUGGUGUGUUUGCUUGAGACAUAUUUCAUCCACAAAGAGGUAGCGCGACCUUUUGAACACACCAGGUCGAAUGCUUGUUGUUUUACGAAUAGAU